UGAAGAGAAUUUUACAAAUUUUGAUGAUUAUUUAUUUUCUAUAACACAUAAAACUUUUGAAUUUACAAGUUUGGAGCAACUGUUACGUUUACAACAACAAAUGCAGCAGCGGCGACCUUUAGUUUUGGAUUCGUUGAGGCGAAGUCAGCAGGGAGGGGGAUCUUUUAUGUGGAUGUUUAAGAGUGAACAUUCUCCUUCACCUCCACCUGCUCUAUCAUUUACUUCCAGUAAAUUUAGUAUUAAUAAUCGUCAAACAACCACAACCUCCUAUUCUUCUUUUGCUACUGGCACAGCUUCAAUUAUACGAAAAGAAGAAAUAAAAGAGAAAAUAAAAAUUAAAAAAAGUUUUGUUGAUGAAGAAGGGCAAAAACCUUUAUUGCUUUUUGAUGAAAAUGAAAUAGCUGAAGAGGCAGAUGAACAAAGAGUUGAAGAUCAAUCAGAGGGAGGUGAAGACAAUUCUGGAGGAAUUGAAGGAGGAGGGGGAGGAGGAACACUUUUGUUAAUGACUUUAGAUAAACAAAAUGAUAAUAAACAAAAUAUUAUUGGAAAUUCAAAAGAAGAGGGAUUAGCUAUAUUUUCUGCUGUUGAAGCUGAAGAAAGAACUUUUGAGAGUGAUGUAAUUAUUUUAGAAGACAAAAAUGCUCCUGAGGAAUUGGCAAAUGAUCCUUUAAAUAAAUUUAGAGCUUUAUUAAAUCACCAAAUUACCCAAACGCCAAAAAUUCAACAAAAACAGCCUUUUGGAAUUAAUACUGGACUUAAAUCUCCUCGAGAAGUUUAUUUUGGAAUAAAAAAUGGAAGGAAAAGUGUUUGUGGUGGUUAUAGAGGAAUUUUGGGUAUUUCGGAUGUGGAUAUGGCUUUAUAUAGUAAAUACUCUAUGGCAGCUUCGAGUGUUUUUGAAAGACACAAUUUGAGGAGGCAAAGACAGCCAACAGCUUGGAAAUUACCAAAUCCUUUGAAACACUUACAAAAACCUUCUUCAACAUCAACUCCACCUUCUCAACAAUUAAAAUUUUCUCCUUUCGGCAAUUCCUUAACUCGUUCUGCCCCAACAAAACAACAACAACAACGUAAAUCUUCUCAAAAACACUCUUCCUCUACUCAUUCUUCCCCAACAAAUAUAAAAUUUCCUCAACCACAAACUUCCCCUUUUCGAAAAGAUUUUUAUCGACUUGGGCCGGCUUUUGAAUUUAAACCUUCAAAUUUUUCUAAAAAUAAUUCUUUCUCUGUAGAAUUGGAACCAAUAUCUGAUGAAUCAAUGUUAAUUUAUAAAAAGAUUUUUGAAGAAAAUUAUUUAAAAGAGACUUUAAAAACUUUGUAGACUUUUAUUUUUUUUAUUUUUUUUCCAUAAAAUUGUUAACUUUAAUAUCUCUAAAUUAUUUAUUUUUUGUCUUUGUGAUAAUUAGUAGAGAGCGGGAUUUUCAAUAAAAUCUUGGCCUUGAUCCUUGAUUUCGGUUUGGUACCUUGACCAGAUUCUUGACAAUGAGUCAAGGGAAAAUCGAGGAUUAUUUUUGCCUGGAUCCAGGCCUUGUUUUU